UGAGCUCCUGCGGGAAUUGGUUUGUAGGAGGGCUUAGAUCUAGGUGUUGGGGUACACAGGCUGAGGGUGCUCGCUUAAGCAGUUCGGCAGAAAGAAUUUAAGGCAGCCAUUCUACUUGUUUUGGUUAAAUUCAGCAAACUCUUGGCAAAUAAGAUCAAGGAAAUAACUCACUGAACCUGAGACUUGCAGAAGACAAUUUGAUUAACCAGAAAGUUAAGUUUACCCUUUAUAUGAAACUCAUUUAACAAAUGCUGUGUGCCAGAAACUGGGAGUUUGUUUGUUUUUAAGAUUUAUUUAUUUUUAGAGAAUGAGAGCCAGCCUAUAAGGGCGGGGGCGCGGAGGGAGAGAGAAUUCAGGCCGACUCCCCUCUGAGCGGGUUGCUGGGCAGAGCUUGAUCCGGAGACCUGGAGAUUACGACCUGAGUCUAAACCAAGAGUUGGACACCCAACUGGGCCACCUAGGCACUGGGAAUUUUCUAAUGAAGGACACCUCAGAGAUCUCUUUUAAAAAAUGUUAGAACUGAAAUUAGGAUAUAAUGGGUGAAACGGGAAACUUAGAGGUCCACCACAAAGUUGAUAAGUUGGUGCUCUAAUGCAAUGAAAAAUAGUGCAGCCAAUAAAAAUGAUUUAAAUCAGUGUGUGCCCCCAUGGAAAAAUGAUUCAGAUACAGCAUUAAGAAAAGAAUCAGUUCAGUUGGACUCCACAAACUAACCCGUGGGUUUUCAGUGACUACAGCAUCAUGUGGUUCAAAUCCUAUAGAAUAACUUUUGCCUGCUUGAAUAGAAUGAAAAUUUACAGGUACCCUUGGACAAGAGUGUACAGUACUUCUCAAACCACUGUAGACAGCAGUGAGAUAAAAACAUUCGUGGCCCUGGCUCAUAGGUGGUGGGAUGAACAAGGAGUGUAUGCACCUCUUCAUUCUAUGAAUGACCUGAGGGUGCCAUUUAUUAGAGACAAUCUUUUAAAAACAGUUGCUCAUCACCAGCCAGGAAAACCUCUGUCUGAGAUGAAGAUUCUUGAUGUUGGCUGUGGUGGUGGAUUGUUAACUGAACCUCUAGGGCGGCUUGGAGCUUUGGUUACUGGAAUCGAUCCUGUGGAUGAGAACAUUAAGACAGCACAGCACCAUAAAUCAUUUGAUCCAGUGCUAGAAAAGAGGAUAGAGUACAGAGCAUGUUCCCUGGAAGAGAUUGUGGAAGAGACUGCAGAAACAUUUGAUGCUGUUGUAGCUUCUGAAGUUAUAGAACAUGUGAUUGAUCUAGAAACAUUUAUACAGUGCUGCUAUCAAGUGUUAAAACCUGGUGGUUCUUUAUUCGUUACUACAAUCAACAAAACACAGCUGUCUUAUGCCUUGGGAAUUGUCUUUUCAGAGCAAAUUGCAGGUAUUGUACCAAAAGGUACUCAUACAUGGGAGAAGUUUGUUUCACCCGAAAAGCUAGAGAGCAUUCUGGAAUCAAAUGGUCUGUCAGUUCACACUGUGGCAGGAAUGCUCUACAACCCCUUCUCAGGUUACUGGCAUUGGAGUGAAAAUACAAGCCUGAACUAUGCAGCUCAUGCUGUGAAAUCCAUUGGACAGGAGCCCCCGGUGCCUGCUGGGUUUGUUUUCAGGGGGGAAACAGAGGAGCUCCAUGAUAAAGACUCCAUCAACCCAGGUGUGCAGGAAGAGCUGAAGAAAUGAUUGGCUUCGAAGGACUAUGUAUAAUACGGCUUGAAAGUCUCAUGUUUACAUAUGUGAAAAUACACACUUUGUCUUUUGUGAGUGGAUUGUGUACAAAAGAAAGUCAACAAAAAGGGCUAAAACCUUGGAUAAAAGUUUUGGUUGUUUCAUCUAAUGGCCACUUUCAAAGGAUGAUUCUGUGGAUUAAAACUUUUGGCAAGGUAUUGUGUAAUCUAGGCAUUUAACUUCCUCAGCCUUUGUUUUAUAAAUAGGGUAUAUAUACUUG